GGUUAAACACACAGUAUCGCUCUCAAACUGCUCCUCUUCCUGGAGUGAAGCACAGCCUGAUAACCCUCCCUCUUCUUCCUGCUCUUAAACACAGCACCUCCUCUCUGUCCAUGUGUUUCCUCGUUCCCUCCCCUUCAGAUCUGCAGUUUGAAGAUGGGUGUAACCAACAUGUGGUGACGUGUAAGAGCUGACAGGCUCCAUUCACUGCAGAAACACAUGUUGUUGAGAUCAGAGUUCAGACUAGUUUCAGUUAUAAGGAAGAGAAACUCACACAGUCACUGACACUGAGAGGAGAAAUGGCGCAGAAAGGAGUUCAGCUGGACCGAGAAACCUUCUCUUGUUCCAUCUGUUUGGAUCUACUGAAGGAUCCAGUGACUACAGCCUGUGGACACAGCUACUGCAUGAACUGUAUUAACACUUUGUGGGACAAAGAGGAAGAGAAGAAGAAAAUCCACAGCUGUCCUCAGUGCAGAAAGACUUUCACACCGAGGCCUGUCCUGGUUAAAAACAUCAUGUUAGCAGCUUAUGUGGAGCAGCUGAAGAAGACUGGACUCCAAGCUGCUCCAGCUGAUCACUGCUAUGCUGGACCUGAAGAUGUGGCCUGUGAUGUCUGCACUGGGAGGAAGCUGAAAGCCAUCAAGUCCUGUUUAGUCUGUCUGGCCUCUUACUGUGAGAAACACCUCCAACCUCACUAUGAAUCUCAAACUUUUAGAAAGCAUAAGCUUGUUAAAACUUCUGUGAAGCUCCAGGAGAACAUCUGCUCUCGUCAUGAUGAGGUGAUGAAGAUUUUCUGUCGUACUGAUCAGCAGAGUAUCUGUUAUCUCUGCACAAUGGAUGAACAUAAAGGCCAUGAAACAGUCCCAGCUGCAGCAGAAAGGACUGAGAAGCAGAAGGAGCUCGAGGUGAGACGACUAAACAUCCAGCAGAGAAUCCAGGAGCGAGAGAAAGAUGUGAAGCUGCUUCAACAGGAGGUGGAGGCCAUCAAUGGCUCUGCUGAUAAAGCAGUGGAGGACAGUGAGAAGAUGUUCACUGAGCUGAUUCGUCUCAUCCAGAAAAGAAGCUCUGAUGUGAAGCAGCAGGUCAGAUCCCAGCAGGAAACUGAAGUGAGUCGAGUCAAAGAGCUUCAGGAGAAGCUGGAGCAGGAGAUCGCUGAGCUGAAGAGGAAAGAUGGCGAGCUGGAGCAGCUCUCACACACAGAGGAUCACAACCAGUUUCUACACAACUACCCCUCACUGUCAGCACUCAGUGAGUCUACACACUCAUCCAGCAUCAAUAUUCGUCCUCUGAGGUACUUUGAGGAUGUGACAGCAGCUGUGUCAGAGACCAGAGAUAAACUACAGGACAUUCUGAGAGAGGAAUGGACAAACAUCUCACUGACAGUCACUGAAGUGGAUGUUUUACUGUCACCACCAGAGCCAAAGACCAGAGCUGGAUUCUUAAAAUAUUCACAUGAAGUCACACUGGAUCCAAACACAGCAAACACACAUCUGUUAUUAUCUGAGGGGAACAGAAAAGCAACAUUUAUGAAACAACAACAGUCUUAUUCUGAUCAUCCAGACAGAUUCACUGUAUGGCCUCAGGUCCUGAGUAGAGAGAGUCUGACUGGACGUUGUUACUGGGAGGUGGAGUGGAGAGGAGAAGCAGUUUUUAUAGCAGUCACAUACAAGAAUAUCAGCAGAGAGGGAGAGUCAACUGAAUGUGCUAUUGGAGCAAAUAAUAAAUCUUGGGGAUUACGUUGCGACAACAACAGUUAUAUAUUUCUGCACAACAAUGUCCAAACUGUCCUCUCAGGUCCUCGGUCCUCCAGAGUAGGAGUGUACCUGGAUCACAGAGCAGGUAUUCUGUCUUUCUACAGCGUCUCUGAAACCAUGACUCUCCUCCACAGAGUCCAGACCACAUUCACUCAGCCGCUCUAUGCUGGACUUUUAUUUUUUGAGGGUGUCUCUGCAGAAUUCAUUAAACUGAAAUAAAUGCCACUGAGGGACAGUUGAUUAAAAUAUGAUUUAGUUUUGACUUUCCUUUGGUCUCCAUCAUUGUUGCUCAGACCACAUUGUCACUAAUGCCCACUUUGUCGCCUCUGACAUGGGACUCAUCUCUACACUAGUGUGUGUAGCAUCCAGCACUGUUCCAUUUACAUGUACAUACUUCCCUUAGGCAGUAUUAUUAGAAGUGAUAGCAUGUGGGCAUAUUCUCAUUAUUAUGUAGUGAAAUGUUGAUUUACUUACAAAACAAUGUUGGUUAAAAUGUCUGUUUUAGUUUGCAGUUUCUUUGGUCUCCACAUUUUUGCAGAGCACUCAUCGUUGUGCAGUUUCCUGUCAGUCACACUUUACAGAUACUAUUUUGAUAUCUUAUCAUUUAUUGUCUAAUUAAUAACUGACUUUGUUUGAACAAAGAAAAUUUUCAUUACAUUUACAUAUAUUUGUUGUUGUUGUUGAAAUCAUCAAUCAGUUUAAGAAACAGCUUACUUUGGGUUUUUUACAUUGAUAAAUGCAGCUUUUUAUGCUCAUGAAUGAAUUUGCAGUUAUUUGGGAUCUAAUUUUCUUUCACCUUUAAUUAUACCUACAUAUACAUACAGCAUGCUCUGAUUUUAUUAAUUAAUGUGUAGCUGUGUUGGUCAUAUCGUUAUUUCCGUGCAGUUAAAAAUUAAUGACUUGAUUUAAAUAUCCUCUUUGGAGGAGGCUUAAUUUAGUGCACCAACCUGUUUUAUGCAUAAAAUUUUGUUUAGAUCCACAAUUUGAACUUUUAUUCAGAUUAAUAAAUGGGGGUUUUUUUAACGAUUUUCUUUCAUCAUUUUCGGUCACUGUUACAUUUUGCACGAGUUUCUACAUGUUUUCACCAAUGGAUUCAUGUAGGCUCCAUACUGUGUAUUAGACAACCAACAGUUAUGAAAUAAAAACAAAUCAUUUUGAAAUAUAAAACCUUUAGAAGACACUGCAUUAUUUCCAAUCAAUUUGUGAGUGAUAAAUUGUGCAUAGUGAUACCUUGACUGUAAUUAAAUGAUGGAUUUAGCCACCAUGCUGUCAUUCAUGGUUUUGGCCGCCAACAUGUCAGUUUUUAAAACACGAGCCUAUACUUAGAUGAUAACUUGAAGUCUAAGUUACA